CAUCUUCGCCCGAGUCCCGAGAUAUUUUCCGUGCCACCCGCCUCCCCGAUCCCCCGUUAUAUAUACAGCCUGGCCGCCUCCGCCGCUUUCCCUCGUUCGUCGCCAUCACCUCACCACCGUCCCACGCCGGGUACCUGCCGUACGGGUGAUCCUCUAGCUAGCACCAGCGCUCGAGGAGAAGCUGAAGGAAGGAGGUCGAAGCGCCCAGAGAUUUUGGUAGGCUAGUGUUGCUUGGCUACCAUAAACUAGUUGGGUUGGCGCCCCAAGGCGAUCAGCGGGGCGCAGGGGAGGAGGAUGCAGUCGUCGUCGCAGGCGAGGUCGUCGUCGUACUACGCCGUGCUCGGCGUCCACCCGGGCGCCUCCGCCACCGAGAUACGAAGCGCCUACCACCGCCUGGCCAUGAGGUGGCACCCGGACAAGAUCGCCAGCGGCCGCGCGGCGGACCCGGCGCGCGCGGAGGAGGCCAAGGCCAUGUUCCAGCAGAUACACGAGGCCUACCAAGUGCUGUCGGACGAGAAGAGGAGGGCGCUCUACGACGCCGGGAUGUACCACCCGCUCGACGACGACCAGGAGGACGUGGAGGGAUUCCAUGACUUCCUUCAGGAGAUGAUCUCGCUCAUGGCCACCGUGGGGAGGGAGGAGCCCGUGUACAGCCUGGGUGAGCUCCAAUCCAUGCUGGACGGGAUGAUCCAGGAUUUCGCCGCCCCUCAUCAACCCGAGCCCACCGCCUUCUUCACCGGCGGCGCGUCGCAGUUGUUCGCCGAACCGAGCGGCGCGGAGCAGAGCAGCCCUUCCGCGCGCAUGCAUCCCCAGGGGAUCGGCGACUCGGCGUGCUUCAGCCGGACGGCUUUCUCUCGGUGACGGCUUGACCGCUCGAGAGCUGAAUCUGCACCCGCCUGCCGGCUGGACACACGUUCAGAGAUCAGGAAAGCAUCAGCUUUUGCACUCGUGCAAGGACAAAUCAAUUGGGAUGUGCAGUGCAGCUCCUGGAAUGGUCGACGCAGAGGCCAAUAAGUGACCCGAUUGUCCAUUGCUUCCUUUUUUUGGGGAGGGGGUGGAAAGAUUUUAGGACAAGAGGGGUAGAGCCUUGCCACUCGUGCCAACUAAUAAAAGGAUCUUUGUUUGCGUUUUCUGUUGGGGUAGGUGUUUCCUCACAAGCAUCAACGCUGUACAUAUGGCGAAAGAUCAAGAAUUGAUGUUGCCUUUUGUGUA